UCCUAUCAUCAUCGUCGUCUUGUUUCUUGUUUUUGCACGUGUUGCCCUCGCAGAUGUUUUGAUUUUGCAGUUAAGAGCUGGGGGCACCGACGAAUCGCGACUUUGAGGGUUCGUCCUUGGGAGUACCUUCCGCCUCACCUAGCACUACGGGAAACGAAACAAAUGAAAGAACGUUUGCGAUUCUCCGCUUCAGUGGAUAUUGUGUGGUGCUAACGACGAGGCUCCGAACACGGGGAAAUGCCUACUCGUUCGCGUAGCGCGCUGACUGCGCUGUGGCCGCGCGGUCCAGCCUUGCACGACGUCGCUUCAGGAUGCUCUUGACAACUAGCGCAGCUGAAGCGGGCGAUCGACUGUUGUGUUGUUGAUGAGCUCGUCGCCCGGGCCCCUCUAUGAAGAGUGCUAAUUUGGGCCAUGGUGCCAGCGAACGUCUCGGAGCCUCGCGAGAUGACUUGCCCGUCGCCGCCUUUGAUGCCGGCUGAGGACGGUUGCAGAUGCCCUAAUGAGCAUGGAGCACAGCCAACCUUGCAGCCACCACCACAGGAAGGCAAGUCACUGGUUCGACUCUUCGAUGGUGGCACGUUGGUAUCCCAGUCCUUCGCACAGUCACUUCUACAGAGCAUCCUAUCCAGCGUAGAGAGCAGAGACCCUGUGGUGGCGACUGCCUGGGCCGACACGCUGCUGGAUGUUCUCGAGCUACUACCGAGAGCCACAAUAUCGCAGCAGGUAUUGCCAGUGGCGGUGCAGAAGGGCCAGGUGUCCCAGUCACCCCUGUCCCGCCUCGUAUCUUGCCGUCUGUUGGGUGCAGUGGCUGCACUGCUGGAGCCAGUUGUGGUGCAGAAGGAGCUGCUGCCACUGGCAGAGUCCCUCUGCCGGGACCCUGAUCCGGACGUUCGGGCCAGCAUGUGUUGUCAGCUGGGUACUCUCACUCGGUCUGUCGGGCUGGGAAUGACAAAGCAGUACCUGCUGCCUUGUCUGGUAGAGCUGUCCAGUGAUGCAGACAGUGCAGUUCGGCGUGCAGCGUUGGAGGCUACCGUCACUAUGCUGGGCCUGCUGGAUGACGUGCCGUGCCGGGACAAUCUGGUGUCGCUGGUUCUCCGGUGGAGGCGGCGUUCCGCCGGCGAACUGGCUUUCCUGGCUACGCAAUUCGGACCCCUCUGCCGUCUGCCAACAGGAAUUGUGGAGAAGGAUGGCUGGCUUGUGGAGCUCUACCGAGAGUUGUCGACCGCCGGAUUGUGUGUAUCCAAGAGCAGUCCAGACAGAAUGCCCACUUCGCAAGCUGCCGGCACCCGUUGUCGAAGGACUUGCGCCCACUUCUUUCCUGACCUGGUGCAGUUUGUUACUGCAGAAUCAUUCGAGGCGGUGCUACUACCAGUGUGGCAGAGAUUGUGUGCAGACCCAGACUCGUCGGUGCGCUCUGUCAUAGCUGGUGCGGUCAUUCAGGUGGUGAACACAAUAAAGGGCCACGGCAUUAUAGGAUGGCCACGCCUCUUGCUGCCCGAGACUUGCAAGCUGCUCACGGAGGGUCUCCUGGCAGAGAGUCUGUCGGCCCUGGUGCAGGCCCUGUCAGAAUCUCGUGACCGCUGUUGUCCCGGCUGUUGUGGCUGUGACAGGUGUUGCACGGAGGAACAGCUUGUGGAGCUGGUUUCUGCUUCGGAGGCUUGCAUUGCACGAGUGGGCCUCAAGUGGCGUCGUGAGGUGGCUAUCUGGAGCGGGCUCGGUUGCCUCACUGGUCCACUGCUUCAGACUUCCCUAAAAGAACGGAUCACUCGGCACCUGCUCCAGCGGACUCAGGCUUCCGGACCGCUACCAUGUCGACUGGCCGCUGUCCAGAGUCUGGUGGCUUUCCUGCGGUGCGGCACCAGCGGUCGAGAGCAACUCCUCACAGACAUUACUCGAGACUUGGCGGAAGGGCGGAGCUGUCGCAGUCGACUCAUGUUUGUGCAUCUCUGCGCCCAUGUCCAGGACAGUAGACUACUAGCGCAGUGGCAGCUGUUGCAACACCUGCACCGACUGGCUGCCGAGGAUUCGGUGGAGAGCAUACGACGUCAGGCAGGUCGCUGCCUGGAGCAACUGGAACCUCGAUCAACGGCAGAGCAGCAGUCAAAGACCUCGAAGCCUCACCCAGCCAGCACUAGGAGGCUCAAGGCCAUGGCUCUCUGCGUUCUCAAGGGUUCUUCAUUGGAGCAUCAUUCCUCUUCAAAAGUACCAGUGAGUGCACGACAUUGGCCAACGGGCUUAACAGAAAAACAAGAAAAUCGCUCGUCAUCACAGGUGCACAAAGUAAGUGCGAUGCAGUCUCCAGGAAGACCGGCUGAGAGAAGUCCAACUCCUAGCCGUAUUCCAGUUCUAGAACCUGCUUACAGGUGCAGGAGACAACCUACAGAGCCCGUUGGCAAACAGCUUCCAGACUGAACCCAGGAACUCAGAACACAAGUUGUCCUGCAUGCGCCUUUGCAGCCUUGUUCCAGAUGGCUACACAUUGUGCCGUACUUGGAUUUGCUGAAAAGAAGACUUCCCACAAGUGCUAGUGGCCUGUUCAACCAUCACAUUUCAUAGGGCAGUUGGUGGAUAAUGGUUGUACACAGGUUGACAGGUAGUGAUGGUGAAACAAAAUGUAUCCUUAUUGAGCAAACUUGCAUCACCGUCGUCACCUGUUGGCCUGUCUGCAACUGUCAUGUUCACCAGUCGUUUUGUUCAAGGUGGCACUACGACAAUAGUGAACUUGUGUUCGCUGAAGAAGCAGCAUAACUCGGUGACAGCAUGGUUACUGGCUGUAAGACUGAACGGCCCAAGUCACGGUCAGGUGCAGGAUCACAGAGCAUCCCGGAUCAACCAGUGGCGACCGCAAGAAUCUUCGAAGUGACUACAUACAUCACAUACAAUUUGAUAAGGCAGGUCUUCCAUUGUAGGAGUGGCCACAACAAUCGUGACUUAGGAAUGAUGAGUGCGCUGAAUGAAUAUCACACAAGAGCAAUACAGAUAGCAAAGGAAAGAAAAGUUCAAAGGAACAACACAUAGUGCUGUCAUCAUCAAAUGCAUUGAUGGAAGGCAUGGAACUGUGUGUCAUGCACAGCUCGGAAGAAGUGGAGGACACUACUUGGGUAUAGUAUUUUAUUCUGCUGUCCACUCAGUCAUGCUCUUGUGACAUUGUGAUGGGUGCAAGCUACUGCAAUCAUGACCUGUGGUAUGCAUGACCUGAACAACAUAUUUAAUUGAUGACAGCUGGAAACAAGAUUGUUGGUUGUUGAAUCCCAGUGAUAAAAUCUGUCUAUUUAUGUGUGUCAUAGUACAUUCCGCAGCAGUCAGCGGUGCUCACAUAGACUCGAAAAUGUGCAAAUUGCUUGUGCCACAUGUACAAUCUGGUUACACAGGUCUUUCUCGCUGCCAUAUUGGCAACUACAUUUGUGAAGUUUUGGACACUGCAGACAUGGAGAGUGACGUCACAACAAUGAUAGUUCUGUCAGAAUGAUCAUUGGAAAAAAAGUAAAACAGUGGCAGUAUUGCUCUUUGUUGACACCUGGUGAAUACCUGGCAAUGCAGAACGUUCUGUCUUGCAAAAUCAAUGCCGAGAGUGUUCGAUCAAAAGUGCAGCCUCACGUAACCAGUUUUGGUGCACUAAUCCUUGACUUCAGGCUCCACGUUCAUAAGGAAAUCUGAUUACAAGCAUGUACACAAGUGCCACCUGUGUUAGAGAGGAUAUUCUAAACUUUCUGUGUCGCUUAUCUGUGCAAUAGAGCGAUGCAGAAGUGAUCUUGUACACACAUUGCUGCAAUUUGUUGGGUCAUACUUGCAUUGUCACGAGAAAGCCCAGUUGCGUGCGCUUAUUGAAGAGACCGCAGUUUUAGCCAACGCUGUGUGUGUUUGUGUUUGCAAGAAUUUGUGAAGUCUUGUUUAGCUGCCUACACCAAUGCAAGCAGUGGCGUGUGUUGAAAUGUUUAAUUGCAUUGUUCACAUGUUCUGGCAUAUUUUUAUGAGACAUGGUAUUGUGGAGUACAGUGCUAAAUUUCGCAGUUUUAAUAGGAAGGGUCCUCACUUUUUUGAGAACCUUACUCGCUAUCUCAGUUUCAUCAGUUGCUAAAAUUGCAGUUCAUGAUAAGAAACCCCUGUGAAAGUUUAAAAUUUUAGUAAAGUAGAGAGCACGAAGGAGCAUCACAUCACUAAUCCCCUUCGUCUAGAAAUCUAGAGCUAGAAUGAGUAAAUGUUGUC